CGUCGUAGAAUAACAUUGACAUGUUGAAAGGUAAAUAAAGAUGAUUAAAAUCGCAGCAAUUCUUAUUAUCCUCGCGUAUCUUGCACAAGCUGUUCAUAGAAAUCGAAAAGAAGACAAACUUCUGUUGAGUCCUAUUGAAUUGAUAGAUCUUGUGAGAGAAGAGCAGCUUAAAAGUAAGGGGUCUCAUGAAAUCAAACAAACUUCAGCGAAUAUGAUACCAUCUGUGAAGGAUAAUAAGCAUUUGGAUCCAGAUGAUUCGGAAUAUGAACCAGCGUCCUGCGAAGAUGAUCAAUCGUUGAAGAAUCGAAAAAUCUGGAGUCGCUGGAGUAAGUGGGGUGAUUGUUCGGUGACUUGCGGCGGCGGCACGAUCACGCGGUAUCGAGUCUGUGUUGCGGGCCGCUGCGCUCCGGGCGAGCGCGAGGAGCAGCGGCGUCCUUGCGCGCGCGCACCCUGUCACACCCCCUUCUACAACAUGACAGAUGACCUGCGGGAAGUCGAAUAAGACAUUCUACAUGAGCUACGCUUGAAUAAAUAAACACUAUAUUAAAUUGAUUGUUUUAGUUUUCCCAUUAUCAAUAAUCACUUUAUGCAUUACGCUAUGAUUAACCUACUACGUG